UUGCCAUAGUGUUUCUGGUGAGAACUAACAAUGGGAUGAAAUGUGCCCUGAAGCGGAUGUACGUCAACAAUGAGUAUGACUUGCAAGUCUGCAAAAGAGAAAUCCAAAUCAUGCGGGACCUGUCUGGCCACAAGAACAUUGUUGGAUACAUUGAUUCCAGCAUAAACUCUGUGAGCAGCGGGGAUGUGUGGGAGGUGCUGAUCCUAAUGGACUUCUGUCGAGGAGGUCAGGUGGUGAACCUGAUGAACCAGCGCCUGCAGACGGGCUUCACGGAGAGCGAGGUCCUGCAGAUCUUCUGUGACACCUGCGAAGCCGUAGCCAGGCUGCAUCAGUGUAAAACACCAAUCAUCCACAGGGAUCUGAAGGUUGAAAACAUCCUGCUGCACGAUCGUGGCCACUAUGUCCUGUGUGACUUUGGAAGUGCUACUAACAAAUUCCAGAACCCUCAAACAGAAGGGGUGAAUGCUGUAGAGGAGGAGAUCAAAAAAUACACUACGUUAUCCUACAGAGCACCAGAAAUGGUCAACCUGUACAGUGGCAAACUAAUAACUACAAAAGCAGACAUAUGGGCUCUUGGCUGUUUACUGUACAAGCUGUGUUACUUCACCUUGCCAUUUGGGGAGAGUCAGGUGGCAAUCUGUGAUGGCAAUUUCACCAUUCCAGAUAAUUCUCGGCACUCCCAAGACAUGCACUGCCUCAUCCGAUAUAUGCUGGAGCCAGACCCUGAUAAGAGACCUGACAUCUAUCAGGUCUCCUACUUUGCUUUCAAGCUGGCAAAGAAGGAAUGCCCAGUCCAGAAUGUUCAGAACUCUCCAAUCCCUGCUAAACUCCCAGAUCCGGUUAAAGCAAGUGAAGCUGCUGCAAAGAAGAGUCAACCAAAGGCCAGGCUGACAGACCCCAUCCCUACGACAGAAACAUCCAUAGCACCCCGCCAGAGGCCUAAAGCAGGACAGACUCAGCCCAACCCUGGAAUCUUACCCAUUCAGCCAGCCCUGACACCAAGGAAGAGACCCACGGCUCAAGCGGCCGUUCAGCCACAAGGAGCUGCUGCCCUGGGCAGUGGUCAGCCCUCGCUCCCUGCCAGUGUCCCCCAGCAGAAAGCAGCACCUCAGCAGGCUCCAGCGCAGCCCCCAGCCAAGCAGGCUCCUGUUCCACAGCAAACCUCGCAGGCGCAGCCCCAGGUCCCUUCCACUCAGCCCCAAGCUACACCUCAGCAUCAACAGCAGCUCUUCUUGAAGCAGCAGCUUCUGCAGCAGCAGCAGCAACAGGCUGCAUAUUACCAGCAGCAGCAGAUGAUGCAGGCUCAGCAGGUCAGUGUUUCCCCAGCUGCGCAACAGGCAGCUCAAGAACUGGUUGUUUCCCAGUUCCCAGUGAUGCAGCAAGGAGCGCCAGCACAGCAGCAGCUGAUGCAGAACUAUUACCAGCAGCAGCAGCAGCAGCAGAUGAUGGCCCAGCAGGCAGCAAUGCAGCAGAAGACAGCAGCAGCAGCUCAGCAGAAACAACCAGCCCAGGCGGCGCCGCAGCCUCAGGCCCAGCAGAGCGCGGCUCAGCCAGCACCGCAGGAACAAGCGAUGCAGACACAAAUGAGGCCCCAGCAGAAGCCUCAGACUACCCCCCCCCCAGCAGCACAGGGGCAGAAGCUGGGCUCUCUCACCCCUCCAUCCUCCCCCAAGACGCAGCGUGCCGGGCACAGGAGGAUCCUGAGUGAUGUGACCCACAGUGCAGUGUUUGGGGUUCCAGCCAGCAAGUCCACCCAGCUCCUGCAGGCAGCAGCUGCUGAAGCCAGUCUCAACAAGUCCAAAUCUGCUUCCACCACACCCUCGGGUUCCCCAAGGACCUCACAGCAGAAUGUCUAUAACCCACCUGAUGUCUCCACGUGGAAUCCAUUUGACGAUGACAACUUCUCCAAGCUCACAGCUGAGGAGCUGCUCAACAAGGACUUUGCCAAGCUGGGUGAUGGGAAGGCUCCAGAAAAGAUGGGCAGCUCCACAGAGAACUUGAUUCCAGGUUUCCAGCUGGCUUCGUCUUCAGCCCAGCCAGAUGCAUUUGGUGGCUCUUCCUUCACUGCUGGAUCAGCUGAAAAAACAAAAGACAUUCUGAGUAUGGACACUAGCCCUUCUCUUCUGACUGUGCCUGAUCCUUUCAUCCCUCUCCCGCUCUCUGACACGCCAGAAAAACUGAUUGAGGGACUCAAAUCUCCUGAGACUGCGCUUCUGCUCCCCGAUAUCCUGCCUCUGGCUGACCCCUUCGGUAGCACCUCCGAUGCUGUGAAUGGAAAACCUGACGUACCUGUUGAGAGUCUCAUACCUGGCCUGGAGGCUCCGUUGCCCCAACGCCUUGUGUCGCAGAGCGAGUCGGUUGCCUCCAACAGAACAGACUCUCUCACUGGGGAAGAUUCUCUGCUUGACUGUUCUCUGCUUUCUAACCCUGCUGCUGACCUCUUGGAUGAGUUUGCUCCUGUAGCUUUCACAGCUCAGCCUCACAAAGCUGCAGAAGAUACUAACCUGAUAUCAGGCUUUGAUGCUCCUGAGGGCUCUGAGAAAGUGACAGAAGAUGAGUUUGACCCAAUUCCAGUGUUGAUAUCCAAAAAUUCACAAGGUGGGCAUUCUAGAAACAACAGUGGAAGCUCUGAGUCCAGUCUUCCCAACAUAGCCAGGUCUUUACUGCUGGUGGAUCAGCUCAUAGACCUGUAG